CCAUGCUGAUGGUGGCCCUUUCAGGGCACCGAUAAAUCAAGGUGUUGCUAAUCACCUGUACACCUGCGGUCCUGCCAGACAGACGCCCGCCCCGCUGCGUCGUAAGCUUGGCGCGGCCAUCCACACCCGCUCGCCGCGAGGUCUGACGACUGUGUCUGAUCGGGGGUAUUGGUGUGUGUGGACGAGGACGUGGUGGACGAUGAGGUCAAGGUGUGUGGUGCUUGUGGUCGUCUACCUGCAUCUGGCCACCUACUUCUCAGCAAAAGGAGAAGAAGAAGACUCCUCUCACCACCUGGAUAAACGACAAAGUGUUUACAACUCGAAGGACUCAUCUGACCUUGCGGGGUCAUGGUGUUACCAGUGCAAGGACGCGACCUCGAAUGACAGCGCAUGCGCCGUGGGGUCGUUCCUCCUGAGCAGCCAGGCCACAGCUCGCAGUCGAAUCGCGCGGAACGAGCACGGCAUCCGUGGGAACGGGAUUGUGAAUUGUGGAGUAUGGUUCGAAUACUGCAUGAUCCAGGAGAUCUUUUUGGGAGCAAAGAAUGGCUCCUCAAGCUUCAGUCGUGACUGUUCCGACGGAAAACAGUUCUCCUUCGAUGUCAAGAACAUUCAGAAGGAGUAUUCUUCCAUAGACAACCGAACUCGGUGUUGGUUCGACGCUCACCUCAAGGGACAGGUGUGUCUCAGCCUGUGUCAGGGGGACUUCUGCAACGGCCCUGUCUACCCUACAGCCAGCUCAGCAUCACAAACAUUUUCGAAAAGCUGUGUAUUAGCUCUGUUAAUUGUUUUAUUUUGUGCAUCGCUAGUAUAAUUAAAAUCCAGCAAAAGACAUUUCAUGAUAGAAUCGUUCUCAAUCGCAGUCAAAAACAAAUGUUUUUCUAGAACAUCAGGAAAAUGUAAAUAUUGACAUCAA